UUUAUAACCAGAGACUUAUCAUCAAGUGGACUAAAGGGGGUCAUAGCACCUAGCAUAAAAAAUCUAACACAUCUACAAGAACUGUGAGACAACAAUAUCCUCAAAACUGCAUUUAUUGUUUUUAUACCUCGUAUAUUAAUCUUCUUGGUUAUCGUAAUCGACUAAUAGGGACUUAUCGAAUAACAAUCUAACUGGAGGGGUGCCUGAAUUUCUAGCCAACAUGGAAUCAUUGUUGAUCAUAAACUUAGGUUGGAAUAGCUUAACCGGUCCGAUUCCUCUAGCCCUUCGCAAUAGAGAAAAGAAAGGACUAAAAUUGGUUGUUCAAGGAAACCCAAAUCUAUGUCUCUCUGACUCAUGCAAGAACAAGAAAGUCCUAGUGCCGGUUUUUGCAUCCCUUGCUUCAAUGGCGGCUCUUAUCGCCUUGUUGGGUCUCAUUUUUGUUUUGAGAAAGAAAAAGCCCUUAUCAAAAGUUGCUACACGCGAGUUACCAAGAAAGUCAUCUAUCUUUGCCAAAAAUAAAAAGUUCACUUAUUUGGAAGUCGUUGAGCUAACGGAUAACUUCAAAAGAGUUCUUGGAGAAGGAGGAUUUGGAGUUGUCUACCACGGUUCUUUGAGUGAUACCGAACCAGUAGCGGUUAAAGUUCUUUCCGAGUCAUCAGUUCAAGGCUAUAAAGAAUUUAAGGCAGAGGUGGAGCUUCUAUUAAGAGUUCAUCACAUAAACUUGGUAAGCCUUGUUGGUUACUGUGAUGAAGGAGGUCAUUUGGCACUCAUCUAUGAGUACAUGGCUAAUGGAGACCUUAAACAACAUUUAUCAGGAGAAUGCUCUGGACCUACUUUGAAAUGGGCUAGUAGACUAAAAAUUGCUAUUGAGGCGGCACAAGGUUAAUUCUUGCUAACU